AGAUUCAUGAUUGCAUGGUUUGCGCGGCGCAUUUGCAGGAAGUUUGUGCGGACUGCGAUUAUGAUGGGCGGGAGGAUAACGAUGCCUUCUUUGGGCUGGAUACGAUAGAUCGGGAUCCUUUGAACAUCCCUAACGCCUCAACUAACAAAGAAGGGGUCUAUCAAUGUAAGAAGCAUUCUAACCCAAAGUGUCCUCAAUGUUUCGGAUGGAAGAAGCAAAUCCAGAAACUUCAAAAGGAAGCCAAGAAGGCGGGAAAGAAGAAUCAGGGCUCGGCUUCCAACUUCUACUGAGCCUGCGAGUCU